CACCAAGGUCAGCGACAGGACCCUCCACAGCCACAACCAGAUGAACCAGGGUCAGGUGUGGAAGUAGUAGUAGAAGAUGAAAAGAACAAGAAAAAUCGCAUUGAAGAAACAUUGGAUCACCAGGACCACGACCGCGAUCAUGACCUGCUCUCUUCCACUUCUUCCUGGGCCGUCCGAGCGGUAAAACAAAACUUCAGCAACCUGUUUUAUUUCAACAACAAAAAAAACUACGCCGAGAAUCCGAAUCUUCGCAGUGUUGCCACCAGUGCUGGUGCGCCUCCAACUACUGCCAUGGCUAUGGCUUCCACAAAAUGUAAGCAGCAAGGAGGUCCUCGCUGUGAAGAUAACAUGAG